GGGCAUACAGGGCGGUUAUUAAAAUCCUUGUGUUUCAUGAGUUUAACAUUUCUGCUUGUGCACAUCAUAUUUCAAAUCACAAUAACCAGCCUUGAAUCUGCAAAAACUAUUCAACCUAACUAUAACUGUUUGACAUGGGAAAAAGCACUAAGGCAGAUUGGAUUUGAAAGUGUCAAAGGGACAGAUGCUGGCAAUGGGAUCCGAAUUUUUGUUCCUGAUAUUGUCAUGUUCAUUGCUAGCCUGACCACAUGGCUUGUGUGCAGAAACAUUGUUCAAAAGCCAGUACAAGAGAAUGCAGGAGAGUACAAUGCAGAGUUUGAAAAUGAAGACAUGAAUGAAAUUGAGAGAAUAGAGGCAGAAGAUGCAUUAAUAUGUGAAGGUCUGGAUGAUGCAGAAUGUGGAGGAGAAGAAUUUGAAGAAACCACAAAAUUAAAAAUACUGCGCAGAAUUGCCUCAAUAGCCUCCAAAGUGAAGGAGAUUAUUGGCAAUCUUAUAACUACAGCUGGGAAAGGUGUUGUUACAAUUUUACUUGGUAUAACAGGAAUGAUGUUGCCUUCCUUGACUUCAGCUGUAUAUUUCUUUUUAUUCUUGGGCUUGUGCACAUGGUGGUCCUGUUGUCGAGCAUUUGAUCCUCUGAUCUUCAGCUGCCUUUGUGUGUUAAUGGCAAUAUUCAGUGGAGGCCAUUUAAUUGGACUUUAUCUGUACCAAUUGCAGUUUUUCCAGGAAAUCAUUCCACCUGGUGACUUUUAUGCCAGGUUGUUUGGUAUCACUCCAGUUAUUCAGACCAACUGCUCAAGUACUUGGAAACUCAUAACCAAUCAAAAUUUGAAAUGGUACCACCAUACCAACCCCAUCUUACUGCUACUCUUGUACUAUACCCUAGCAACUCUCAUUCGACUUUGGCUAAAUGAACCUAUUGUACAGAUGCCUGAUGAUGACAAAUCAGAUAUAAAUAAGGAAGAAGAAACAGAGUGCAGCCCAAUUCAAAUAACUGCAGAAAGAAGACGCAGCUUGUGGUAUAAAAGUCGCUACACAACCGAUGAAAGAAAACUUCUGUCAUUGACUCAGGAUGAACACAAGCCAUCUGAUAUCCUGCUUGUGACAGUGAAUGGUACACCUGUUGAUUAUCAAAGCAUACACCCUUUGCGCCCUAUAGAGAAUGGACCUGCCAAGACAGAUCUGUACUCAAGACCACAAUACAAAUGGGAUCCCUCAGUUAAUGACCUAGAAAAGAAAGAAGAGGAGGAAGAGGAAGGGGAGGAGGAGGAAGAAGAAGAUGAAGAAGAAAAUACAGAGCAAGAAAAAAAAUCCAAAGUUCAUGCAAUGGUCACAGUUUUCCAUUUUAUCAUGAAACAGAGUUAUGUCUGUGCUUUGAUUGCCAUGAUGGCCUGGAGUAUUACUUACCAUAGUUGGUUAACAUUUGUAUUAUUGAUAUGGUCUUGCAUACUCUGGAUGCUUCGUGACAGAAGGAAAUAUGCAAUGAUAAGUUCACCUUUCAUGGUGGUUUAUGGAAACUUAUUAUUAACGUUACAAUAUAUAUGGAGUUUUGAGCUGAAUGAUAAUGAACUUCGUCAAGUUUCUGGAUUUCUAGAACGAAAAGCUCCUCCUGAAUUAGCAUCAAAGAUACUUUUUGCGAUUACUUUUUGGCUGCUGCUGAGACAACACCUCACUGAGCGGAAGUCUUUGCAAUUAAAUGAAACUGUUUUGUCAGAGGUCAAAAUUGGAGAGGAAGAGAGUGAAGAAAAAGAGGAGGAAUCCCAAAAAGAGGAAGAGGAAGAAGAAGAAGAAUCUCCCAAAGAUGAAGAGGAAUCCUCAAAAGAAGAAGAGAGGGAAUUAGAGGAGGAGGAAGAAGAAGAGGAUGUAGUGAAAGUCCUAGGAAAUAUGGUGAUGGCGAUGUUUGUUAAAUACUGGAUUUAUGUCUGUGGAGGAAUGUUCUUCUUUGUCAGCUUUGAGGGAAAAAUUGUCAUGUACAAAAUCAUCUAUAUGAUGCUCUUCUUGUUUUGUGUAGUCCUGUAUCAGGUCCACUAUGAAUGGUGGCGCCGAAUUCUGAAAUACUUUUGGAUGUCAGUUGUGGUUUACACUAUGUUAGUGCUUGUUUUCAUCUAUACCUAUCAGUUUAAAGCAUUCCCUGACUUGUGGAAAAACAUGACAAACAUGAAUGAUGAUCAGCUAAAGGAUCUUGGUUUAGAGCAGUUUUCUACCGCAGAAUUAUUCACUCGCAUUUUUAUCCCAACCUCCUUUCUGUUGGUAUGCAUAUUGCACUUGCAUUACUUCCAUGACCAUUUCCUCCAACUCACAGAUUUAAAAGCCAUAAUCAGCAAGCAAGACAAUGCCAUUUACAGACUGGUGCACCAAGAUGGAAGCUUGCCUGAUAUCACAAUGAUGAAUGUGAAUGACAACAUUGAACAAGAAGAGGAAAAGAUGCUGCAAGAUCAAGAAAAAAUGCUGCAGGAAGAAAAUGUAGUGGAAAGAAGAGAAAGUGAAGAUGAAGUAGAGGACAAUGAAAAAAAGGAGGAAGAAUUGGAUGAAGAAGAUGAAGGUGAAGAAGAUGAGGAUGAGGAUGAAUCGGAGGCAGAAGAAAUAUCAGAUUUAAGAAACAAAUGGCAUUUGGUAAUUGACCGCCUAACUGUACUUUUCCUGAAAUUCCUGGAAUGCUUUCAUAAAUUUCAAGUUUUUGUAUGGUGGCUUUUGGAACUACACAUUAUCAAAAUUGUGUCGUCGUAUAUUAUAUGGGUAACAGUAAAAGAGGUUUCUCUUAUUAACUCUGUCUUUUUGAUUGCCUGGGCUUUUGCUUUGCCAUAUUCUCAAUUCCGUCCGUUGGCAUCCAGUGUCUGCACAGUUUGGACCUGCGUGAUUAUUAUCUGCAAAAUGUUGUACCAGCUUGAAUCUAUUAAUGUUGCAUCAUUUUCUAUCAAUUGUCAAAUGCCUAAUACAACUGAAAAUCAGGAAGGCCUGAAUGAAUCACUUCUCUACAAAAAACCCAUUGAUCCAACUGAGUGGGUUGGAUUAAAAAAGUCCUAUCCACUGCUUGUGUACUUGAGGAAUAACUUGCUGAUGCUGGCAAUUCUGGCCUUUGAAGUUACUGUUUAUCGGCACCAAGAAUACUACCGAUGUCAUAAUAAUCUCACUGCACCAGAAACCAAAACAAUUUUUCAUGAUAUUACCAGAUUACAUUUGGAUGAUGGCAUAGUCAGUUGUCUUAAGUAUUUUAUAAACUACUUCUUCUACAAGUUUGGUUUGGAGAGUUGUUUCCUCUUAUCUGUAAAUGUAAUUGGUCAACGGAUGGAUUUCUAUGCAAUGAUUCAUGCCUUUGCCUUAAUUGCUGUUUUGUAUCGGCGGAGAAGAAAAGCUAUUGCAGAAAUCUGGCCAAAGUACUGCUGUUUUCUGUCAUGUAUUAUUACAUUCCAGUACUUCAUAUGUAUUGGCAUCCCACCUGCACCUUGUAAGGAUUACCCAUGGAGAAAUCCAAAUGCCAGCUUUAACUCUAAUAUCAUCAAAUGGUUAUACUUCCCAGAUUUUAUUGUUAAACCAAAUCCAGUCUUUCUUGUGUAUGAUUUCAUGUUGCUACUAUGUGCAUCCUUACAAAGGCAGACAUUUGAAGAUGAGAAUAAGGCUGCUGUACGCAUCAUGGCUGGAGACAAUGUGGAGAUCUGCAUGAACCUUGAAGCAGCAUCAUUUAGUCAACACAACCCUGUUCCUGAUUUUAUUCAUUGCCGAUCUUAUCUAGACAUGGGUAAGGUGGUAAUUUUCAGUUAUCUCUUCUGGUUUGUCCUCACUAUCAUCUUUAUAACGGGAACCACUCGGAUCAGUAUAUUUUGUAUGGGCUACUUGGUAGCCUGUUUUUACUUCCUACUUUUUGGAGGAGACCUGUUACUCAAGCCAAUCAGAAGCAUCCUUCGAUAUUGGGAUUGGCUGAUUGCUUAUAAUGUCUUUGUAAUUACAAUGAAAAAUAUAUUGUCGAUAGGAGCAUGCGGCUACAUCAAGUCACUGAUUCACAAUAGUUGUUGGGUGAUUCAGGCAUUUAGUCUGGCUUGUACAGUUAAAGGUUAUGACAUUCCUUUGGACGAUGGAGACUGUAAAUUGCCAAGUGGGGAGGCAGGAAUAAUCUGGGACAGCAUUUGCUUUGCUUUUCUGUUGCUACAAAGAAGAGUCUUCAUGAGUUACUACUUCCUUCAUGUUGUUGCUGAUAUUAAAGCUUCACAGAUUCUGGCAUCCAGAGGUGCUGAACUUUUCCAGGCCACAAUUGUGAAAGCUGUAAAAGCAAGAAUUGAGGAAGAGAAAAAAUCAAUGGAUCAACUGAAGAGACAGAUGGAUCAUAUCAAAGCCAGACAACAGAAGUAUAAAAAGGGUAAAGAAAGGGUGCUGAGCAUGAAUCAAGAAACCUCAGAUGGGCAAGCAAUUCAAAAGGUUGCUGAAGAAGAUGAUGAUGAUGGAGAAGCAGACAAAGAAAAAACCAAGGGCAAAAAAAAGCAGUGGUGGCGGCCUUGGGUCGAUCAUGCUUCCAUGGUCAGAAGUGGAGAUUAUUAUUUGUUUGAGUCGGACAGUGAAGAAGAGGAGGAGGAUGAAGGAAAGGAAGAGGAAGAACCUCCAAGAAGAUCUGCUUUCCAGAGAGCUAUUGCGAAAUUCGCUUCAGCCAUUUUAGCCUUGCCAAAGUCUGUUAUUAAACUGCCCAAAACUAUUCUUCAGUAUUUAAUCAGAGCUGCAAAGUUUGUUUAUCAGGCCUGGAUUACUGAUCCUAAAACUGCCCUACGACAGAGGCGCAAAGAGAAGAAAAAAUACAGAAAAAGGAAGAAAGGAUCUGAUGAUGUUGAAAUAGAUGUGGAGGGUGAAGAAAGAGAUGAACCUGUCAAAAAUAAAUCUGAUGGCCCUGAUAAUAUUUUUAAAAGAAUAUAUAACAUUUUGAAGUUUACCUGGGUUCUUUUUCUGGCAACAAUAGACAGUUUUACAGCUUGGCUCAAUUCAAUUUCAAGAGAGCAUAUUGAUAUCUCCACAGUAUUGAGAAUUGAGAGGUGCAUGCUAACUAGAGAAAUCAAAAAGGGAAAUGUUCCAACUCGAGAGAGUAUCCAUAUGUAUUACCAGAACCAGAUAAUGAAACUUUCUAGGGAAUCAGGAUUGGAUGAAAUUUAUGAGUCUGGACAGGCUGAGAGGACAGCAAGUUUAGAAUCAGCAGCUUCUCGUGACAGUGAAUCCAGCUGCUGCACGGAAGCAACUACACUGUUGUUGUCAAGGCAGUCUACCCUUGAUGAUUUAGAUGGUCCAGACCCUAUUCCUAAAACAAGUGAACGUGCACGACCUAGGCUUCGUAAAACAUACAGCAUGGAUAUGUCCUCCUCAUCCGCUGACAGUGGCAGUAUAGUAUCAAGUGAGGCUACCCAAGUUACUAUGCUGUAUUCCCGUCAGGGAACAGCAGAAACCAUUGAAGAAGUCGAAGGGGAGGACCAUGAAGGAGAAGAGGCAGAUACUGAACUCACACAGGGACAUGAAAUGGAAGAUUACUGUAUGGAUUCUGAAGGAGCUGCAUAUACUUCUGAUACAGAUAUGCCAUCCUAUUCUGCUUUGGAUGGCAUUGCUGAACCUCCUCCUUCAUAUAGCAAAGCUGUGAGCUUGGAACUUUUCCCCUUAGAUAGUUCCCAGGAUGGUUCAUCUGGUAAAAACCAAAUGAUGGUGAGCCCAGAUGAAAAUCAGUCUGAAAAACCUGAGGAUUCUAUUCUCCCUCCUUUGACACAUGAGCUGACUGCAAGUGAAUUACUACUUAACAAAAUGUUUCAUGAUGAGGAACUAGAUGAGUCCGAAAAAUUCUACUCUGGUCAACCUCGAUAUUUGCUUCUUAUUUAUGCUCUAUAUAAUACACUUGUAGCCCGCUCAGAAAUGGUGUGUUAUUUUGUGAUCAUUCUCAAUCAUAUGGUCUCUGCCUCUACAAUUACCCUUGUGCUUCCUAUCCUCAUCUUCCUUUGGGCCAUGCUAUCCGUUCCAAGGCCUAGCAAACGUUUUUGGAUGACAGCUAUAAUCUACACCGAGGUUACAAUAGUGAUAAAGUAUUUUUUUCAAUUUGGAUUCUUCCCUUGGCAUAAAGAGUUGGAACUAAAAAAAGAUAGACCUUAUUUUGCUCCUAACAUUAUUGGUGUUGAGAAGAAAGAGGGUUAUGUGCACUACGACCUUGUUCAGCUACUUGCUUUGUUUUUCCAUCGGUCCAUUUUAAAGUGUCAUGGAUUAUGGGAUGAGGAAGAUGGAGGAGACAAUAGCAAUAGUAAAGAUGACUCAGAUGAUGAGCUGGCUGAAUCAUACAGAAGAGAUUCUGCUGACUCUUUGACAUCAGUCAAUUUGGCAGCAUCUGUUGAAUCCAUACAUGUCCAUUUCCCAGAACAGCAAACUGCCAUCCGCAGGAAAAGUUCAAGCAGUGGCUCACAUUUAUCACAGAGAUCCAGCUUCUCCUCUCACCGUUCAAAGAGAGGAAGCACCAGCACACGGAACAGUAGUCAAAAAGGAAGCAGUGUGUUGAGCAUAAAAAGAAAGUCAAGGAAAGAACUUCUUAUGGAAAAAUUGAGAGAACAAUUUAUUAUAGCAAAAGCAUUUACAAUUAAAAAGACACUACAAAUAUACCUGCCCAUCAAACAGUUUUUCUACAAUCUUAUCCACCCAGAUUACAGUGCUGUGACAGAUGUUUAUGUCCUGAUGUUCCUAGCUGAUACUGUGGACUUCAUUAUCAUUGUCUUUGGAUUCUGGGCUUUUGGGAAACAUUCUGCAGCAGCAGAUAUUACCUCUUCAUUAUCAGAAGACCAAGUCCCAGAAGCCUUCUUAGUGAUGGUGCUAAUUCAGUUUGGAACCAUGGUAGUGGAUAGGGCACUGUACCUGAGAAAGACGGUCAUGGGGAAAGUCAUCUUUCAGGUCAUCCUUGUUUUUGGCAUACACUUUUGGAUGUUCUUUAUCUUGCCCAUGGUGACAGAAAGGAAAUUUAGUCAAAACACAGUUGCCCAGCUUUGGUAUUUUGUGAAAUGUGUUUAUUUUGGAUUAUCAGCAUACCAGAUACGCUGUGGCUAUCCAACCCGUGUACUUGGCAACUUCCUCACAAAAAGUUAUAAUUACGUAAACCUCUUUUUAUUUCAAGGGUUCCGUCUAGUCCCUUUCUUGACUGAAUUGAGGGCAGUUAUGGACUGGGUUUGGACAGAUACCACCUUAAGUCUUUCCAGUUGGAUCUGCGUUGAAGAUAUUUAUGCCCAUAUAUUCAUUUUAAAGUGCUGGCGAGAGUCUGAAAAACGAUAUCCCCAACCAAGGGGCCAGAAGAAAAAGAAGGUUGUGAAGUAUGGAAUGGGUGGCAUGAUUAUUGUCUUGCUGAUAUGCAUAGUGUGGUUCCCGCUGCUCUUCAUGUCUCUAAUUAAAUCUGUUGCAGGUGUCACAAAUAAGCCUCUUGAUGUAUCCAUCACAAUAACUUUAGGAGGUUACCAGCCUAUUUUUACAAUGAGUGCCCAGCAGAGUCAGCUAAAAAAUAUGACAGAUAAACAAUAUAAAGACCUCCACAAUACUUUUAAGAAGAAUACUGGUGCUCUACAGUUUCUAGAGAACUAUGGUAUAGAAGAUAUAACAGUAGCACAACUAGAAGGCAGUUCAAAUUCUUUAUGGACCAUCAGCCCUCCUAGCAGAAAAAAUAUGAUAAAGGAGCUCAAGGCAAAUAAUCCUGAUUUUUCUCUGGUUAUUUCAUGGAAUAUUCAAAGAAAUGCCUCUCUUGGAGCAAAAGCAGAAACAGUAUCAGAUAAAGUGUCUCACAAUCUACCAAAUGAGGCAAGACUAAAAAUUGCUGAAAUGAUGGAAGAUCCAUUUCUAAAAACAAACCCCUUUGUGACACUUGCUGGAGUAUAUCCACAUUAUAUCAAAGCGCCUAGUGAUAAUGCUGCAAAACCUAUAAAACAACUUUUGGAAGGUGGGAAGUAUAAAGAUAUCACUGUUUCACUAUCCAAUAAUAAUGUGUCUGAUGAACUUAAUGAAUGGUGGAUUUUAAACCAGACGAACAAAUUUUUGGAGCCAAAUACAACUAGACUGGAACUAAUUGUGUUUAGUGACAAAGUUAGCCCUCCCAGUCUUGGAUUUUUGGCAGGUUAUGGCAUCAUGGGUUUAUAUGCUUCAGUUGUCCUGGUAAUAGGAAAAUUUGUCCGUGAAUUCUUCAGUGGAAUCUCCCACUCUAUCAUGUUUGAAGAACUUCCCAACGUGGAUCGUAUCCUAAAGCUGUGUACGGAUAUCUUCUUAGUGCGGGAGACUGGUGAAUUAGAACUAGAGGAAGAUCUAUAUGCUAAGCUAAUAUUCCUGUAUCGUUCACCAGAGACUAUGAUCAAAUGGACUAGAGAAAAAACGAAGUGAUCUAGGAGUUCACAAUGUAAAUCAAGAUGAUUUCAUCUGGAUUUUUUUUUAAAAAAAAAGAAGCACAAAAUUCUCUUUUA